CGGAAGUAAGGCACUGUUUGCCUCGCACGUUUCGCGGGCCCCAGCUUUCCGCACCCUGUGGACCCAGCCAACUUGCGGAAGUGCCGGAAGCGGAAGUUGCUAAGAGGUUGGGGGAGUGGUCGGGAGUGUAUCGGAUUAUCUUCGCGCUGUUUGGGUUCGUGCCGCUGCUGCUUGAGCAGGAAAAGUGCAGUCGUGAAACCUCGCCGGGCCUGCUGACCCGGCUCAAACCGGAUUCUUGUGCGGAACCCUAGCCUGAAGGGUGCGGCACCCGGUGCUGCGACUCUUGGGUCCUGCGAUUCCCCCCUGGUUCCGGAAGUCCCCUGUUCUUUCUUUGGAGUGAGGCCCGGCCCAGUCCGGUUUCCCGGUGUUCCCUCAGACCCCCGCCAUGGGCAACACGAGUAGCGAGCGCGCCGCGCUGGAGCGACAGGGCGGCCAUAAGACGCCCCGACGGGACAGCUCGGGGGGCACCAAGGAUGGGGACAGGCCCAAGAUCCUGAUGGACAGCCCCGAGGACGCCGACCUCUUCCAUUCCGAGGAAAUCAAGGCUCCAGAGAAAGAGGAAUUCCUGGCCUGGCAGCAUGAUCUGGAAGUGAAUGACAAAGCACCUGCCCAGGCUCGGCCCACGGUGUUUCGGUGGACAGGGGGCGGAAAGGAAGUGUAUCUGUCUGGGUCCUUCAACAACUGGAGUAAACUUCCACUCACAAGAAGCCACAAUAACUUUGUAGCCAUCCUGGACCUCCCGGAAGGAGAGCAUCAGUACAAGUUCUUUGUGGACGGCCAGUGGACACACGACCCUUCUGAGCCAAUAGUAACCAGCCAGCUUGGCACAGUUAACAACAUCAUUCAAGUGAAGAAAACUGACUUUGAAGUAUUUGAUGCUUUAAUGGUGGAUUCCCAAAAGUGCUCCGAUGUGUCUGAGCUGUCCAGUUCCCCGCCAGGACCCUACCACCAAGAGCCCUAUGUCUCCAAACCAGAGGAACGGUUUAAAGCACCGCCCAUCCUCCCGCCGCACCUGCUACAGGUCAUCCUGAACAAGGACACGGGCAUCUCUUGCGAUCCAGCUUUGCUUCCUGAGCCCAACCAUGUCAUGUUGAACCACCUCUAUGCGCUUUCGAUCAAGGAUGGAGUGAUGGUGCUCAGCGCGACCCACCGGUACAAGAAAAAGUAUGUCACCACCUUGUUAUACAAGCCCAUAUGAGGAGCUGGGAGCCAGCGGUGGGCCCCGGGGGACAGUUUGCACCACCAGGCUACACGCGUGCAUGCUUCCCACUGGAGGGAAUGGACUGUAAAUUUCCCAUUUCACACUCUAGAAGCCAUUUCAUGCCCACCCUAGUCCUCCCUGACGGUCUGUUCCGGGUACAGCAGCUCCUUACGCUCCUCGGCCUGAAACGGUUGGCUCAACCCCCGGUGGCCGAGAACGGAGUAGGGGACAGGAGGCCUGCAGCCCCUGCAGGGCGUGACCAGUGCGGUUCCAUAUGCACGUCCGCCCGCCCAGCUGGCCAUGGAGAUUUUUCUUAAGCCAAAAACAAACACUAGCCACUUUGGUAGCAAAAAUCUGGGAAGCAGCGAUCAAGGCCACACAAAAUUUCUAAGUGUAUGUAUGUUUUUAAGGCCAUGAGCUUGUUCCUGUUAGGCCUGGCUCUAGCACUAACAACAAGUACAAUGUUCGUGUUGUCCUCUGAAGUCAAAGCAGUUUUGUCUCCCGUUCUCUGCUCCAGGGAGGUGUAAUUUCUGUAGAAAUUAGAACCUGUCUGAGUUCCAGGUGAAGUUUUACAAUUGCUAUUUACACUCUGUACACUUAAGUUUUGUUUUGUUCUGUUUUUAACAGAGGUGGCUGACUAUACAGCCCUAGGGCAGCUUUCUAAUUGCCCCAACUAGAGUAUAGAUCAUGUGAACAAACUGCUCAGCAAUAAUCUGUUCUCAGAACAGACUUUGGAAACUUGCUGCCGGACUUCUCCAUUUAAGUUGGGUGUUCCUGGGGACUGACCACUGUUAGCUGGAUGGUCAACCAGCUUUUUACUCUCAUCAUAACGAGGUGACAGUGUAACCCUGAAAACUCUGGGGAAGCACCCUACCCUAGCCUAUGCCACCUUGCUCAGGACCUCUGUCCCUACCUAGCAAAGAAGGCUGCAGCAGUUACUGUUGUUUAUUCUGUCAGGAACUUAGAACUCUUACAAUAGCCUUCUAAAUUGUGUCGGGAAGACAUCCUUUGGACCAAAGCAAACCUCUACGCUCGGCUUGGUUUCCAUGGAGAUGCCACAGAUGUUCCCAUUAGUGCAGGUUCCUGUCCCCAAGUCAACAGAAGCUGUCAUUGUGCCCUCUGUUCCUUCUGGGAGAUGGAGGAACAAGCUUGUUUCCGGUACUUGUUUGGAAAAUCCAAGUCUGGGAUACCCUUUUUGCUACUGUUUUCAAAACACUGAAUUAUUCUCAA